AUGGACUUUUCAUAUUCAGAUAAGCAGGAGCCCAUCGCUAUUGUUGGUGCCGCAUGCCGCUUUGCUGGCGAAGCGUCCUCCCUGGGAUCACUAUGGAACAUGAUAAGCAAGGUCAAGGCCGGCCACGGUCCCGUCCCCAGCGAUAGAUGGGACAGCAAUAUGUGGCAUCAUCCUGAUCCAGACCGAAAAGGCGGAAUCAGUCCACAGCAUGGGUACUUCCUCAAGCAAAAUAUCAGCCACUUUGACGCUCCCUUCUUCUCAGUAACAGCCAAAGAGGCUGCUUCCAUGGACCCGAUGAAGAGAAUGUUGCUCGAAGUAUGUUACGAAAGCUUUGAGAAUGCUGGCAUCCCCGUUGAGGAUUUGAUGAACAGCCGUACAGGUUGCUACGUCGGUUGCAUGACGAACGACUACGAAAUGAUCUCCUUACACGACAUCUACGACAUCGGGCAUCCGGCAGCAACAGGUCUAAGCGAAGCCAUGACCGCUAAUCGUGUGUCCUGGUUCUUCGGUCUCAAGGGUCCCAGUUUGACGCUUGACACCGCUUGCAGCUCUUCACUUUACGCUCUUCACCUUGCAUGUCAGUCACUUAGGCUGAAAGAAACAAACAUGUCUCUCGUCACCGGAGUCAACCUCAUAAUUAACCCAAAUACCUCACACCAGCUGACUGCAAUGCACAUGCUCAGCCCUGAGGGUAUUUCACACACAUUUGAUGACCGUGCCAACGGCUAUGGCCGUGGUGACGGCAUUGGCGCCAUGGUCGUCAAACGUCUGUCGGAUGCUAUUCGAGACGGCGACACCAUCCGCGCCGUGAUCCGUGGCUCUAGUGUUAAUGCCGAUGGCAAAACACCCAGUGUUACCCAACCAAGUUCCACAGCACAAGCCGAACUGAUCAAUCGGACCUACGAGGAUGCAGGUCUGGAUCUGUCAGAAACAGGGUACUUUGAAUGCCACGGCACAGGGACGCCGGUCGGUGACCCUCUUGAGCUUACCGCCAUUGCUUCUACGCUUGGUGCAGCAAGGCGCGCAGCUGGAAAGCCUCCUCUCCACAUUGGAAGUAUCAAACCUACCGUGGGCCACACAGAAGGAUGUGCUGGCCUUGCCGGCGUUUUCAAGUCCAUCCUGCUACUUGAAAAAGGAAUGCUGGUCCCCACAUAUGGCGUAGAUCGGGUGAACCCGAAACUGAAGUUGAGCGACUGGCAUCUUACUCUUCCAGAAGAUGUCGCCAGAUGGCCGACGCCAGGACUUCGUCGAAUCAGUGUCAACUCAUUCGGGUUCGGUGGUGCCAACGCUCACGUUAUUCUGGACGAUACUUACCACUAUCUCCAAGAACGGGGACUGGCUGGCAAGCACAACACUGUCAUAAGUGAUUCUGGUUCUGAUUCCGGCGUUGAGGACACAUCAGUAAACGGCCUCGUCCACGACCCAUCCAACAAACUUUUCCUCUUCACUGGCAAAGACCAGUCUGGAGCCAAGCGUGUGUCCGAGGCCUUAAACACAUGGCUGCAACAAAAUUCGGAGGAUACCCAUGACCCAUCCUUUUUGGAGAAUCUCGCAUUCACACUCACGCAGCGCCGCACACAUCUAGAGCAUAGAACUUUUGCAAUUGCAAACUCGCUGUCUGAGCUCACAGAAAGGCUCUCGAAGGGUCUGCUACCAGCAACUCGAUCACAACGUCAUGGCAACAACCUCGUCAUGGUAUUCACCGGUCAGGGUGCUCAGUGGCCGGCAAUGGGUCACGAGCUUUUCGCGAACCCCAUCUUCCGCGCAAGUGUUCAUGUUUCGCAGUCUUACCUCCAGGCCUUCGGCUGCAAGUGGAAUGCAAUGGAAGAGCUGACCAAGACACCCAACCCAAACGUCAACCGCCCAGAAUACAGCCAGCCCCUCUGUGCGGUGGUUCAGGUCGCGCUGGUUGACCUUCUUCGCUUCUGGAAGGUUUUACCCAGAGCCACAAUCGGACACUCGAGCGGCGAAAUUGCCGCCGCAUAUGCAGCAUCGCUUCUAACACACCACGAUGCCAUAAAGCUUGCCUUUGUCCGAGGUAUCAGCUCCGCCGCUGUCUCCAAGCAAGGUGCAAUGAUGGCUGCUGGGAUUUCUGAGGAUGAUGCCCAGGCGUACCUUGAGAAGGUUCCAGCCGGGUCUGCAGUCGUUGCCUGCAUAAACAGUCCAUCCAGUGUGACUCUCUCCGGCGAUGUCGACGCCAUUGAUCAGCUGGACACCCUGAUUUCUGGCGACGGUAAAUUUGCCCGCAAGCUCAAGGUGGCCACGGCGUAUCACUCCCCCUCACAUGCCCCUGUCAUGUACUCAUCACUUACCGGGUCUAUCGUUUCUUCUGCCAAGGAGUUGAGCGCCCAGUACUGGGUCAACAAUAUGCAGAACGCCGUGAAGUUCUCACAGAGUUUCUUGGCAUUGCUGAAGCAUAAGAAAGUCACCCCAGGCGGCACCCGCCCCGUGGCCGUACAGUGGGGAGGCUUCCUUGAGGUCGGCCCUCACGCAGCUCUCCAGGGACCCGUGCGACAGAUCAUUGACGCAAGCAAUAGCAAGUUUGCUAAGUCCGCCCCUUACGCCUCUAUGCUUGUUCGUGGCAAAGACGCAACGGAGUCAGCUCUGAACGCUGCCGGUGUGCUCUGGGCUGCUGGCUACAAGGUCGACAUGGCUGCAGUCAACCAGCAGGCCUCAACAGGGAGCAGCACCCCUCAUAUGCUUUGUAACUUGCCCAGUUAUGCAUGGAAUCACACAAGGAGCUUCUGGCACGAAUCUUACUCGUCGCGCUCGUACCGCUUCCCUCCCCACGCGCGCAACGACUACCUGGGCAUGGCGGAAGAUUCUUAUAAUAGUCAUGAGCCGCGAUGGAGAAACUACCUGCGCAUCUCUGAGAACCCAUGGAUUGAAGACCACGUAAUCACAGGAACCGUGUUAUACCCAGGCGCAGGAAUGCUUGUCAUGGCCUUGGAAGGCGCAAUGCGCACCGCCGACUCAUCCAAGGUGAUUGAGGGUUUCCGCAUGACCGAUGUCAUGUUUGAGCGUGGACUGGUCAUCCCCAUGGACGAGGAAGCGCCUGUGGAGACGCGCAUCAGUUUCUACCCCCACAGCACGAAACCCGAGUCAUGGAUCUUCACUGUCUAUUCGAUGACCAAGGGCUCUCCAUGGGCGAAGCACUGCGCUGGCACCGUUGCUGUUGUGUAUGAGAAGGAAGCGAGCGAGGUUGAAGAAGACAGCGUGGAUGCCUUGUGGCAGAAGCAAUUGGGCUUGCGCAAGACCCUGCUAUCCGAAGCCAACGCCGCACAUGUCAACGUGGAUGAGUUCUACAAGAAUCUGAACACCAUUGGCAUGCAGUAUGGUCCAUCAUUCCGCAAUGUCCAGUCCCUCACGGUAGUACCAUCUAAGAAAGCCUCGUACGGAUCUGUGACUGUUCCAGACACGAAGUCAACGAUGCCUAAGAAUUACGAGUCUCCCCAUGUCAUUCACCCGGCUACCAUGGACUCUAUCUUCCACCUAGUAAUUGCGUCCCUCGAUGCCGGCCAGCCAGUGAAGCAAGCCGCGGUACCAUAUAGCAUCGAUGAGAUUUACAUUGCCCAUGAUCAGCCAAAGGAGGCUGGGGCUCUCUACUCCGGUUAUGGUCGCCUGCUGUCCCAGGACGGCCAUGAGAUCACCACCGAGCUGGUUGUCUCUGACCAGGAGUGGGCAAAGCCAAAACUUACUGUCAAAAACUUUGCUCUUCGUCAGGUUACUUCUGGAGGCGACUUGGAGAAUUCUAGUGCCGCAUCUUCUGGUCGUCCCGUCAAGAAGUGCGCCGGCAUCACCUGGAUUCCUGAUCUCUCUUUCUUGACCAGCAACGAGUAUCUUACGAAGCUCGUUUCCUCCGGUAAGGCGGCCGCGGUGGUCACCAGCUGGCUUGACCCAGUGUUCCUAAAGACGUCAAAUACCACCGCCCUAGUUGUCUUGUUCGAUGAAACCGAAGCUAGUAUCGAUGUUCUCCGCCGCCUCAAGAUCCAAACAUAUGGCCCCAAGAACAUCAUUGCCCUCGCCACAUCUGAGUCGACAUCGCAGUUGAUGAGAGACACCCUUGGCGAAUGUACUGAGAAUACGACCAUCACCUAUAAGUGGCUGCCGGAGAGCCGGCUUCUGGAGACGCUGGCUCCAGAAGAUAAUGAUGUCUUUAUAGGCUUGGGAGUUCCUGACAUCGCCAAGCACGCUGCCACGCUUGCGACGCUGGCUCCUUUGGCGUGCCUCACUCACGUGGGUCAGCCAGGUGAAGUCAAAGUUCUUGUGCCAGGUAGCAAAUGCAUUACCACCCUAGCAGAGGAUGAGAUCUACGUCCUGUUCGCUUCAAGCACCAGUUCUCACUCGGCUGAGUUGCCCCACUCUGUGGUGCUUCUCUUGCCUGAAUUGUCAUCCACCGCCCUCGGUACAUUUGCUGCCGCAAUUCAGACCAAGCUUGAAAGCUCCGGUGUCACAGUCUCACAGACAAACCUAAGUCCAAGCGGCGUGGCUUCACUCGCUGGCAAGUAUGUUAUUUCUCUCCUCGAGAUUGACAGCCCACUGGUGUAUGCCUGGGGCGAAGACCAAUUCAACACAUUCAAGACACUCGUCUCCACGGUUGGACACCUUUUCUGGAUUACUCACGGCAGUGUACUUGAGAGUUGGUCGAACGGCGUGGAAUUCGCGACAACUCAGGGUCUGUUCCGCGUGAUGCGCAACGAAUACCCAAUCGCCAUCUUACCGUCUAUGGAUAUAUCCGCAGUAGCUGAUAUUUCCAAUUUCCAAUACGCAGAUCUGGUUCUUAACGUUUGGCGAACAUCUCUGUCCGAGGACGCGGAACUGGAAUAUGCCGAAGGCAACGGCUUGAUUUACAUUCCUCGUGUCACUGAAGAUGUUGGCUUCGACUACGAACUGCAGCUGGCGAGCAACACCGCGAAGCCAAUCGUUUCGGCUCUGGGCACCACUGGAAAGCCACUGAAGGCAAUCGAGUCGGCAAACACCCAAGGUUGCAUCUGGAUCGCGGAUGAGCAGGCCGAAUUACCACUUGAAGCAGACCAAAUCGAAAUCAAGACCGAGUAUGCUGGAGUCGGAACGGGCCAGACUUUGAACUCUGUCCGCCACGCUGUUGGCAUCGUUACUCGUCAAGGCGACUUGGUAAAGACUUUGCAGCUUGGUCAGCGCGCCAUUGUUUUCUCCGACGCUGCUGCAAAGACUCAUGUCCGCCAAAGGCAGAACCUAGUUACACCGCUGCCCGACUGGCUUGCACCGCAAGAGGCUGUUGCGCUUGUCGAGCCACUGAUUACUGCGCAGUAUGCGCUUAUAGAGAUCGCUCAUCUCAGUCACGGUCAGGCAUUGCUACUUGAUGACGCUACAAGCGCCGUCGGACAAGCCCUGGUACAGGUUGCCAAAGCAAUUGGGGCCGACAUCUUUGCUCUUGUUCACAACAAAGGAGCGCGCGAUAUCAUUGCUGGCCGAUAUGGCAUCCCUAAAGACCGCAUCUUCGACGCCGCUUUGAGCAAUUUCGUGCCACUCAUACAGAGUGUUACUCAGAACCGCGGUGUUGAUGUCGUUGUCAACCAGCAGGCCGGUGCACAUGUCGCUAGAGCCAUGUCGAUUCUGAGCGACUUUGGCCACUUUGUCGACAUUAACGGUGAGAGCUCCCGAGCUCUUCUUCCGGCCUCUAAGACCAACGUAACUCUUGCUUGCAUCGACAUAGCCGCGGUAAUCCAUUGCAGACCCGCCAUUGUCAGCAAGCUCUUCCAGCAAGCCUUCAAGCAGUACAUCCUGCAGGGACCUUCCCUGUUGACAGUGGUGCCGGCGACUAAUCUCUCUGUUUCGGUGAAUGGCAUCCGCACCGAGCAAAUUGUCGUGUCUUUGGACGAUACCAGCCCAGUGCUCAUGUGUGCACCCCCAGCCGAGGAAUUGAAGCUCGACAGUGAAGCAACCUACGUGCUGGCCGGUGGUUUGGGCGCUCUUGGCCUAGACAUUGCCAACUGGAUGGUCGAAUGCGGUGCCAAGAAUCUGGCUUUCCUGUCUCGGUCGGCGGGCGUAAAGAAUCAUCAGGAUCUGCAGAAGCUCGCCGACCGCUCUGUGCGAGCCGAGGCAUUCAAGUGCAAUGUUAACGAUGCUGUCAGCGUUGCCAAAGUCUUCGACCUGAUCAAAGCCCGUGGCAGCAGGAUUGCCGGCGUGAUCCAACUUGCCAUGGUUCUUGAAGACGGCAUCUUUGACAACAUGUCCUUUGAUCAAUGGCGCCAUGCGAUUGAGCCCAAGACCAAGGGCUCACGCAACCUGCUUGCCAACAUCUGGCCCGGUGAUAAACCCUUCUUCAUUCUACUAUCGUCCAUUACCGGUGUUAUCGGCAACACGGCACAGGCAAACUACGCUUCUGGAAAUACCUUUGAGGACGCGCUGGCACAUCACGCUCGCAACCACCUCGGCAUCAACGCUACCAGCAUUGACGUCGGCUUGGUCUCUGACUCGUCGCACUUUACCACAGCUGGCGAGUUUGGCGACCUCGCCAGCUACCUGGGUAGAUACCAGCACGGCUGGCGAGGCCUUCAGACGAACCUUGACGAGCUCGGCGUCGUGAUCCGCGCCAUCAUGCGAGGCUCGACCACUAAUGGACAGAGCACGCCCGCCCAGAUAGUUCUCGGUCUGGGUGAUCGCAUCGAGCAAGACGAGAACACCGGAGGCUUUUCGAGAGACAAGAAGUUUGAGCUCCGUGUCGUAAAAGACGGCAGCCAGGCCGGCGACGGCAAGGCGAAGCAAGACUUGGGCACCCUCUUGACCAGUGCGACUACCAUGGCUGAGGCCGCCGCAGCUGUGGAAGGAAACAUCAAGGACCUUGUCGCUGCGGCCAUGGGUGUCUCUUUGGAAGAGAUUGAUGCUCAAAAGCCCCUGUAUGACUAUGGUGUCGAUUCGCUACAAGCUGUUGAAAUUCGCAAUCGUGCCCAGAAGAAUAUGAAGAGCGAUAUUUCUGUCUUUGAUAUCUUGAGUGCUAUGCCGCUGGCCGAUGUAGCAGCCAAGAUUGCAGCCAAGAGCCAAUUGGUCAAAGUUGCUGCAAGCGAAGAGUAA